AUGCAUGUAUCCGACGAACUCAGUGAAAAGUAUGGCUCGAUUUUCACAAUAUACUUAGGUUCAGAACAGGUUGUGGUGCUGUGUGGACAUGAGAUUCUGAAGGAAGCUCUGAUCAGUCUCGGGGAGGAGUUCAGUGGAAGAGGAAGUAUGCCAUUAUUUGAAAAACAUGCCAAAGAAACAGGUAUUGUUUUCAGCAGAGGGGAACGAUGGAAGCAGCUCCGCCGAUUUGCCCUCACUAACAUGAGAAAUUUUGGGAUGGGGAAGAAAAGCAUUGAGGAGCGUAUCCAGGAAGAAAUCCGUUUUGUAGUGGAAGGACUCAGAAACACACAUGGGCAGCCGUUUGACCCCACCCUCUUCCUCACCCUCGCUGUCUCCAACGUCAUCUGCUCCAUCAUCUUUGGGGACCGGUUUGACUAUGAAGAUAAGAAGUUUGUGACUUUAAUAAAUCUUAUAGAGGAAAAUGGCAAGCUCCAGUGCUCUCCCUGGAAGCGGUAUGUUCAGGUGUUUAUUCUAUUCUUCUCCUUUAUACUAGGAGAGGGAUAG